GAGGAAAUAUGACCAUAUUUAGACAGCAGCUGGAGUCCAGAGAGUUGAUAUGUCAGCUGGACUGGAACCACCGAUAACUCGGCAAGGAGGGAUUUAACUCGCGACCUGAAUUUAGACUGAAUCUAAACCUAGACUGUGCAAUCCGGGAUGUUUUGGACGCGUUCAGGACUUCCAGCGUCAUCGGAAUCCGCUUCCCUAUGAGCUUGGGGUCGUGACAGCUUCCCCAUAUCGCGAUAGGAGCGGUUUUGUCGCUACAACUUCAAACUAUUCGGCACCUACUAGCCUAACCUAUCGCUAUAACCCGGUUUCUUACCCGGGUUUUGGAGUACCAGCAUGUCUGUGUAACCACUGUCAAGUUCCAGGAUUGUCUGGGGAAUGUGAGGACGCUGUUCUUACGGUUUGUGGACGGCGAGUGUCGUCUGAUUUGUUUCUUAUAGAAUUUGGUUUUAGUCACUUUCCCCACCCCCCACCCCCAACGCCUGGCUACCGAGCUAGCAGACAUGGCUAACAAAGUGUAGCUUGUGUUCACUGAGCCUUAAAAACACGGCUAUGCCGACACGGCGACACCAUAGAGCCCGGUAAAUAGGAGUCCCGGUGACGGACUGCAGUAGAGCCCGGUGUGACAGUCGGCACGAGUGUGGUCGGAGGGCCAGGACGCCCCGCCAGGACACGGCCCAUCGCCGUGGGAGACAGCGGACCUUACGGAGGACGAGUUCCCAGCUUCAGACCGCUUAGGUCCCGGCAGAGACCGGGGCACUGACCUCAUGAAUGGACACCGGAACAACAGCAACGGUAGCGGUGGAGGCCCAGGCUCUGUUCCAGGUGCCCAGGCGCCCGGGCUUCGGUUCAGCAGGGAAGCCCAUCAGGCUCCUGGCUAACUGCUUCCAGGUGGACAUCCCCCAGAUGGACGUCUACCUGUACCAGGUGGACAUCACGCCUGAGAAGUGUCCUCGCAGGGUCAACAGGGAGGUGGUCGACUCUAUGGUGAAGCACUUCAAGGUGACCAUCUUCGGGGACCGGAGGCCGGUCUACGAUGGGAAGAGGAGCCUGUACACAGCUAACCCACUGCCUCUAGCAGCAGCCGGGGUGGACCUGGAUGUCACUCUACCAGGGGAAGGGGGGAAAGACCGGCCCUUCAAGGUGUCCAUUAAGUUGGUCUCCAACGUGAGUUGGCACACAUUGCACGAUGUGCUGGCGGGGCACGGUACCCCAGACCCCCUGGAACUGGACAAGCCCAUCAGUACCAACCCUGUUCACGCCGUCGACGUGGUGCUCAGACACCUGCCCUCCAUCAAGUACACACCCGUGGGCCGUUCGUUCUUCUCCCCUCCAGAGGGUUAUGACCACCCGCUGGGCGGGGGAAGAGAGGUGUGGUUCGGCUUCCAUCAGUCCGUCCGCCCCGCAAUGUGGAAGAUGAUGCUCAACAUCGAUGUGUCUGCCACAGCUUUUUACAAGGCCCAGCAGGUGGUCCGGUUCAUGUGUGAGGUUCUGGACAUCCACAACAUCGAUGAGCAACCCCGGCCCCUCACAGACUCCCACCGGGUCAAGUUCACCAAGGAGAUCAAAGGUCUGAAGGUAGAGGUGACCCACUGUGGGACGAUGAGGAGGAAGUACCGUGUGUGUAACGUCACUCGCCGCCCGGCCAGCCACCAGACCUUCCCCCUGCAGCUAGAGAACGGGCAGACGGUGGAGCGCACGGUGGCUCAGUACUUCAAAGACAAGUACAGCCUGCAGCUGAAGUACCCCCACCUGCCCUGUCUGCAGGUGGGCCAGGAGCAGAAACACACCUACCUGCCCCUGGAGGUGUGUAACAUUGUAGCAGGCCAGCGCUGCAUCAAGAAGCUGACUGAUAACCAGACCUCGACGAUGAUCAAGGCCACAGCUCGCUCUGCCCCCGACAGACAGGAAGAGAUCAGCCGGCUGGUGCGCAGCGCCAACUACGAAGCGGACCCCUUCGUCCAGGAGUUCAGGUUCAAGGUGCGGGACGAGAUGUCCCAGGUGACGGGGCGCGUGCUGCCCCCACCCAUGCUGCAGUAUGGAGGUCGGGUGAGCACCGAAAACUACCUGGAAAGCCGUACGGUGGCGACCCCCAGCCAGGGUGUGUGGGACAUGCGGGGGAAGCAGUUCCACACCGGGGUGGAGGUCAAGAUGUGGGCCAUUGCCUGCUUCGCCACGCAGAGACAGUGCAGAGAGGAGAUCCUCAAGGGCUUCACGGACCAGCUGCGUAAGAUCUCCAAGGACGCUGGGAUGCCCAUCCAGGGCCAGCCGUGCUUCUGUAAAUACGCCCAGGGGGCCGACAGCGUGGAGCCCAUGUUCAGACACCUGAAGAACACCUACGCCGGCCUGCAGCUCAUCAUCGUCAUCCUGCCCGGGAAGACCCCCGUCUACGCGGAGGUGAAGCGUGUGGGAGACACCCUCCUGGGCAUGGCCACGCAGUGUGUCCAGGUGAAAAACGUGGUGAAGACGUCUCCCCAGACGCUGUCCAACCUCUGCCUCAAGAUCAACGUCAAGCUGGGAGGAAUCAACAACAUCCUGGUCCCUCACCAACGGCCCUCGGUGUUCCAGCAGCCUGUUAUCUUCCUGGGAGCCGACGUCACACAUCCCCCGGCUGGGGACGGCAAGAAGCCCUCCAUUGCAGCGGUGGUGGGCAGUAUGGACGCCCACCCCAGCAGGUACUGCGCUACGGUGCGUGUCCAAAGGCCCAGGCAGGAGGUGAUCCAGGACCUCUCCUCUAUGGUGCGAGAGCUGCUGAUCCAGUUCUACAAGUCGACCCGCUACAAGCCCACCAGGAUCAUCUUCUACCGGGACGGGGUGUCCGAGGGACAGUUCAGACAGGUGCUGUACUACGAGCUGCUGGCGAUCCGGGAGGCCUGCAUCAGCCUGGAGAAGGACUACCAGCCCGGCAUCACCUACAUCGUGGUCCAGAAACGCCAUCAUACUCGCCUUUUCUGUGCUGACCGCAAUGAGAGGGUCGGGCGCAGUGGCAACAUCCCCGCCGGCACCACGGUAGACACGGACAUCACCCACCCCUCCGAGUUUGACUUCUACCUCUGCAGCCACGCCGGGAUACAGGGUACCAGUCGGCCCUCGCACUACCACGUCCUCUGGGACGACAACUGCUUCACCGCCGACGACUUCCAGGUCCUCACCUACCAGCUGUGCCACACGUACGUCCGCUGCACGCGCUCCGUGUCCAUCCCCGCGCCGGCCUACUACGCUCACCUGGUUGCCUUCCGCGCCCGCUACCACCUGGUGGACAAGGAGCACGACAGUGCGGAGGGCAGCCAUGUCUCUGGUCAGAGCAACGGCCGGGACCCUCAGGCGCUGGCCAAGGCGGUCCAGAUCCACCACGACACCCUGAGGACCAUGUACUUCGCCUGAACACACACAUACACACAGAGUAAUACACACACACACAGACACACACACACAGACACACACAGACACACACAGAGAGAGAGUAAUAUAUACGCACACACACACUAACAUAUGCACACACAUAGCGUGUCAGUCUUGGAGUAUAUAGAGGUGUGUGUGCCCCUACAUCCUGUCUACCCAGACCAGACACUGUGCAAGGAGGGACGUACAUACACAUACACGGAUAUAUUCUGGACUGAGGACAUGAGCACUGCUUUAAUAUCAAAAGACUUUUAUGCAAUACUGAACCAGCCAAUCAUGAUUUUAGUUCCCCCCCCCCCCCCCCCCCCCCCCCCUCCUCAUUUUCCCCGGGAGAUGUGAGGGGCGUUUUCCCUAACCUUCAGCCGCCAUCCCAUCAUGUUUCUUGCGUAGCCCAACUCGGUUUAAACAGCAGCCCUUUUGGAUUGGUCAGUUUUAAUUUUUUUUUGUGUGUGUUUUUAUUUUUAUAUGACAGCGAUAUAAUAUAUGUGCCUGUUUGGGUUCCCUCUGUCUGGAUGUAACCCCAAAGCCUGGCUGCAGCCAGGCUUCAACUGCCUCCUUUAUAUUUAAGACGGUGUCAUGCCCACAUCUGGCCACAUGGGGGAGGUGUUGGCCCUCUGGUGAUGUACAGUGACGCACCGGGGGAGAUCGGGAGGGGUUUCAACUUCAUCAGCUCUCUGUAUUUUCUAAGGGGUUUCAUCUUUGUUCAUUUUUGUUUCUUUUCCAUUUUUAAGAACAAUCCUUUUCGGUUCCCAUAUGAUAUUUAAAUGUGACGAUAUUUCCGCCCGCCCCGGUUGUUACCCUAGCUCUCAUUCCCCGUCUGAAGGAGCGAGGUAACGCUGUCUCAAAUGCGAGUAGGAAGCUUCCUCGGUAGUUCUCUACCUUGUGAAAGUGGUCAAUUAAGUCCCACCGCCUAAUCGGCUAGCAUCAUGUGACGAUCACGUCGGGCGUAUUUCCUAUCCUACGAGGGGGUGAGUCACAUCGGGGUCCUUUUGAGAUCUUACACACCGAGGAUCACAUUUCCUUGAAGCCAAGUCCUAUGUUCCUGCUGAAUUGGAACAGUCCUAUGCCACCACAACACCUCCCAUUGCCCCCUAUUUAGGAAGCUUCCAUGCAAUUGAGACACAGCCCUUGGGAAGGUCAUUCCCCAACAAAUAUUUUGGAGAUGGUAGGGGAGAGAGACAGUUUGAAGAGCGUCGGUAGGGCAGAGAGAUAGUUUUGAAGAGCGAAGGUAGGGCAGGGAGACAGUUUAACGAGAGAUGGUAUAUCGACAAUUUUAGAGAAAGAUGGAUAACGGGUAGUUUAAAUAGAGA